AAUGAUUCUAUAUUCACGCGCGAUUUAAGUUUGAUGACAUGGUACUGUCUGUACAAUGCAUCCAAGAACGCCAGACUUCUUUACACAAGAGACGCUUCCAGAGCGGGCAGGUUGGUGAUUGUUUGGGGCCUGGCUGAAUGGUCGUGUCUGGGGUAAGAUACAGUGGAGGUGUUCAGCCGACCUAACCCCGGGCGACCUUCAACCCAGCGCUCCAUAGAACUUCCCCCCUCCAGCAUCUUCCAUCUGCAAUUGCUCGCAUUUGCACCUCGAAACACCCAGCGCCGUUCCCCUAAGCGCAUCUCACGGAAGGGGCUCUAGGUCUACAUACGGAAACAUCAAUCGGCAAAGAUGCGCGCGACAACGAUCCUAUCGGCGCUCUUCGCAGCGACCCUCGCCGCCGCCGAAACCCGCCUCGCAAAGGUCUACAUCGAACCCGUCUCCCUCGCAACCCAACAAAAACCAACCCUCCUCGCCGAGGUCGAGUACGACACAGAACGGCCCGCCGAGGCGAGCGUCACCUCCUUCGAGGCCCCCGAACUCGCCGACUACCCGGCCGCGACGAAGCUCGUCCGCGUCGGCGUCUACGAUCCGGCCACGGCGCAGUGGACUUCCAGCGUGUCGGUCGCCUCGACGGAGAACUUUGCUAAGGGGUACCAGCCCAACAUUGUGCUGAGCGUCGACGGCGUCUCGGGCGAGGUCGUGGGUGCCGGGGUGAAGGGCGUGCGGGUCGACGCGGGCGCGACGAGGGAUUUUGGACCGCAGGCUGUUGUGAGGGUCGCGGGGCAGGGCAAGACGCCCGAGUUGAACAAGCCUGUUGUGUUGAGUCCUGAGGGACGCAAGGUUGUUCAGGAGGAGAAGCCGUUUUGGCAAAAGUACUGGUGGUUGAUUGCGAUUGUCGUCUUGAUGACUGUCACUGGUGGAGGAGAUGGAAAAUAGACGAAGUAAAUGGCGAUGAAGAUACACCAAUAGACCUUUUCCACGUUCACCCGCGAAGUAGGUGCCUCAUUUGAUGGCAUCGCGUACGUGUCCGGGACCUUGCUUCUACCGGUGAUAUGAGAGGGAUCAACUAGUCUCAUCUGACCCUGAAGAGUCUCAGGCAAUGCCCAUGGCUCUCACUGCCCCUGGACUAAGAAAUGUCUCCCUUGCUAUAGUAUCGAGUAAACACUAGAAGACUGAUAUACAACAGUCAACCGUAUGGCAAAGAAUCGGUCCUGAAACGAUCGCAAAUGCAUUCUCCGUGGCUCCCCUUCAC